GAGCGCGGCUGGAAAAAUGGCGAGGAGCGCGAGGCCUCAGCGAGCGAGCGAGCGAGCGUGCGGGCGUGCGGGAGCCCGGCCGGCUGCUGCCUUUGUAACCGACUCCACCCGCAGGAGGCGGUGGCCCCGCGGCUUAAAAGGGCAACAGAGACGCCGCCCCCACCGCCGCCUGGGAGAGGGCUGCCCCCGCCCCGGCGCGCGCCCGCGAGCUCCGUGCGCGCUCCCGCCCGCCCCCUCCUCUCAUGACCCAGCCCCCUUCCGCCCCGCGCCGGGGCUCGGCGCCCAGCACCCGCCGCCCGGAGGAUUUGGGCGGGCGGCACCGCUCGAGGACGGACCUGAGCCCCUUGCGCGUCUCUGCGCCGGGGCCUCUGGCCAGACACGUGCACGGCCUGUCGCGCCGGCCACGUCGGCUCCGGUAGAAAGCGCGCGGGCCCCUGGAGGUAGCUCCUCCGCGUGGUUGUCCGCGGGCCACCCACUCACCUGGCCUGGGCGCGGCCGGGAUGGGGCGGUGAGGAGUGUGCGCCGAGCAGCUUCCCCUCUGUUGCUCUCGCUCUGCGCUGAACCACCCACCACUUUUCUAAGUGUGGCUCCCGAAAGGUCCUUCUCACCAGACUUGUGCUCACUCCUUCGCUCCCGUUUGCCGACGGCGAUGAUGGAGCCUGCCGGCUUCUUCCCAUCAUUUCGAUCUUUCCCGUAAACAUCUCUGUGCUCGCUCUAAGGUGGAUACUUCUGCUUCCUGAGUUUCUGCUGUACUUCCCAGGCUGGACCAUGUUUGUUGAAGUCGCAACUCAAUGUGUCAGACUGAUCCUUCCUGUCCAACUAAGCUAAAGUAACCUUGUAUCCCAUCCCUAGGUUAGCUUGAUGCUUCUUACUGUUUGUUGCUUGUCUCGUGCUUCUGACUUCCUUAAAUUACAACAGAACAACACAGGAAGACAUUAUUUGGGGUAUUUUUGUUUGUUUUGGGUUUUUUUUUUUUUAAUUUCUGAGGUACCAUGUUAUGGUGCUUCUUCUUAGCUUUCAGAAGGGACCCAGAUCCCACUGAGAACCCAAGAAAAGUUGCAACUUAUCUUUCCAGAAAAAUACUUUCACCAAUAAACCUUGUAUUUAGUGGAGAUUUAUGGUUGCAGCACCCUACACCUGGGCUUGGAGCUAGAAGUAAGAUACUGCACCGGCGUAACUGCUGCUCUGAGCACAGAUGGGACCAGUCAUCUCCUUUUUCUCUUUCAGUCUCUGGUACUCAGGAUCCUAACAGACAUAGCAACUAUAAGCAAGGAUUCGCAACAAAGGGGUCCAUUCUGGUCAGAACUGGGUAUCACUAAACAGGUUUCACUUGAUUAUCUAUAAGUGCUAUAGAUGAUAAAAAAAAAAAAAAAGUUCCUGUAUUG